CUGACUGACAGCUCGCUCCGCCGCGCCUCAGAGGGACCGGGCACGGCUCGUCGCGCGCGGCGCAUUCGCAGCAGCUGCGGACCCGACGGCGUCCGCCCCCCUGCCGGGUCCCGCGGGCCGCCGGGGUGAGAGGGCCUGGGCUGUGGUGCUGCGCUCGCGAGGGGCUGCGCGGCGUGGCUGCGCGGGGACGGAUGCCAUAGGGCCUCUGAGCUGCUAAAGACUCAGCCUUGGUGGCUGGAGACUCCCAAUACACUUGUACAACCUUGUAGCUUCAGGAAACUGCUCCUCAGGCUGUACCCAUUCUGUUGGGCAGCCCAGCCACCAUGGAGGCCCCAGAAGUUCCUGUGGGCUCACUGAUUGACUUUGGGACUGAACCACCUACCUCCCCUCCCAUGGAGGCAGCACCUUCAACACUCCAGGACCCAGAUGGCUCCCUGGGUGAUGGUGCAUCUGAGAGUGAGACCACCGAGUCUGCAGACAGUGAGAAUGACAUGGGCGAGUCACCUUCACACCCAUCCUGGGACCAAGACCGCCGCUCCUCCUCCAAUGAGUCCUUCUCUUCCAAUCAGAGUGCUGAUUCAGCCCCAGAUGAGGAGACCCUGGCACUUCGAGAGUUCAUGCGCAGCUAUGUAGAAAAGAUCUUCUCUGGAGGGGAGGACUUGGACCAGGAAGAGAAAGCCAAGUUUGGAGAAUACUGCAGUGGUGAAGAUGGGAAAGGCCGUGAGUGGUUCGCACGGUUUGUGAGUGCACAGCGCUGCAAGUCCAAGUGUGUAUCAGAGCCAACCUUCUACCGCCUGGUGCAGUCCUUCGCGGUGGUGUUAUUUGAGUGCCACCAGAUGGAUGACUUCGGGCCUGCCAAGAACCUCAUGACCAUGUGCUUCACCUACUACCACCUGGGAAAACCACACCUGCUCCCUGCAGAGCCCAGGGAGAAGCCAGCUGGCAGCAUCGACUCCUACCUGAAGUCAGCUAACAGCUGGCUGGCAGAGAAGAAGGAUAUUGCUGAGCGGCUGCUGAAGAACACAGAGAAUAUGAAGGGCUUCUUUGGGGGACUGGAGACCAAGCUGAAAGGACCACUGGCCAGGAAAAAUGAGGAAGAUGAAAACAAGCCUAAGGACAGACAGCUGAAGACUGUGACUGUGAUCAGCCCUGAAGAUGAACAGAAAGGGGAGAAGGUUUACCUGUACACGCAUCUGAAGCAGCAGCCCAUCUGGCACACGUUGAGGUUCUGGAAUGCAGCCUUUUUUGAUGCUGUCCACUGUGAGAGGCGGAAGCGAUCCCCCACCACCAGAGGGGAUGCUGGAGAGCAGGAGGAGAAGAGGGAGAAAUGGUGCCACAUGACCCAAGAAGAGCGGGAUGACAGCCUGCGGUUCAAUGAGAACAUCACCUUUGGGCAGCUGGGCACGUUCACCCACAACAUGCUGGCUUUUGGCCUGAACAAGAAGCUAUGCAGUGACUUCCUGAAGAAGCAGGCUGUGAUUGGCAACCUGGAUGAGGAGCAAUACAAGCUGCUAAGUGACCACAUUGAGCAAAUGGCCACAGAAUAGGAGGCCAGCCCAUGCCGUUCUCCCAGGAGCUGUCACCCCAGUGAUGACCCUGCAUGACACCAGCAGCACCCAGAGCCGCUCCUGGCUGCCCUAGAACUAGCAGUUAUAAGACUCCAGAAGCCUGUCUCCCCUGCCUGUGUCUGCUCCCAAUUCUAUGUACAAGGUGUCUCUUGGGUUACACAACUAAAAAUGAGGGACCAUCUACCCCCACCCAUCCUUGAGCACCAGGCUUAUGAGAUGAGACAGAGAAUGGAGGAGGCCAUAAGCUAGGGUCCCCAAAGUUCCUCCUGAGAGCCAGGGACAUGGGCAUGGAGUGCAGGAGGGAUCUACAUGCUGUAAGGUGAGGACAGAAUCACUUUUCUGAGGGUCACAGCCUGCCACACCCUGCCGCAGGACUUUCUGUGAGCAUAAGCUGUGUGGAGGGACCACGGAGCCUUCCUGAAUGGUCUUGGCUAUCUGCUCUUCUCCACCUCCUCAUGUGACAGGAACUAGAAAUCACAGAAACUGGAAGAGAAUUCAAGCAUUGUCACUUUCCUAGGGGUGUGAGCUUUCUGCCAGCCACAACCUUGUCUCAGACUCAAGAGGCCUGUCAACAGAAUCUGUGAACUGUCCACUCAACACAGCCUCUCCUUCAAUAGCAGAGAAAAUCCUUCAGUUCCCAGGCAGCAGCAAUGUAUGUCCUGGAAUGCAAGAAGCAUGGGGGAAAAAGGUUUCUUCAGCAGCUCUGGGGUGACACCCUUGCUAAGAGCAACUGGUUAGAGCUGGAGCACACAGAAUGGAUCUGACUGACUGAGGAGGCCACAGGGAAGCAAGACUGCCUGGUCGCUCCAGUUCAUGGCCCUCUCCUUCUGAAAUACCCAAAGGGACUUGCUUCUUCUUCACCCAUGUGCCAGACCAAGUCUGAUGCACAGCAUCCAGUGUGCUGGCCCCGGGGCUGCUGUCCCCACCCACUCCACUAGUGGCCUAGGUUCCUUCUGUGCCAGCCACUGCCAUUCUGGUCACUGACCUUGAACUAGGCCUGCAGGCUCUCCUGUCACCCUUCAUUGUUCUCUGUUCCUCAGCCUUCAGUCACAUUUAGUCAAGGUCUGUCUGUGAGCACAGCGGUCCUCUCCUGACAGCUGUGUACUCAGCUGCCAUGGGCAAGCCUUCCCUGUGUGGAGUGUCUCCCUAGGGUGUCCAAAGAAGAGCAGGAUGGGUAGAGCUUUGGAGCAAGCAUUUCUUGGAUGUUGGGGAUGACCAAUGUAGUUCAUCCAUCACUGAGCAAUUCAAACAAAUUCUGACAGCCAGGUCAGUCCCUGAUGGUAUAGUAUAUGUUACUGAGCUGGCUAGGAUACCCAGCCCAAACUGCCUGUCUCUGCUCCUGUGCUUUAGGCAAGUGACAUCAAGUGAGAUCACCCCUGCUAUCCUUCCUGGAGCUUUUCUCAGCUGUGCAAGCAUGGUAACCUCUCCUUGCUCCUCCCAGUCCUACGUUAGCGUGAGUUCAGGAGUAGGGAGACUUGAUGCCAGCAGCUGUGUUGUCUGGCUUUUGCUUUGCUCCAUGCAGUCAUGAACAGCCCUAAAGGGAAGACCAGUGGUUCCAGUACAUGAACUUUAGAAAUGACUUGAAGACUGUUCCAUACCAGCCUUUGGAGAUAAUCAUUUAAGGAGGAAGGAAGGAUGGCCCUGUUUUGCCUGUCUCUCACUCUUUAUUUUUGCAGAUCCAGCCCCACAGAGUUGGGGAAUUCUGACCCAUGUUAGAUCCACAUGGCACUGCAAAGGACCUGGUAACUCUGAGGACAGGGCAGCCUUUGAUGGGAGCAAAGCUGCAGGUGACUGGUGGUGGUCUCACCAUCACCCGCAGGUAUCCUGUAUUAACAACUAGCUUUGUUCACCUGGGAGCCUCUUACCAGUGUCUCUGGGAGGUCAUUAGUCUGCCCCUCCCCCCCCAAGGUGUCCUGUCUUCCUGUAGUAGCUUUCCCUUAGGGCCCACCAAGCAAGUGUGAACUGGGCUCCCUGGCAAGCACUCCUUGGCCACCUUGCUGAGCUCAGGAACCACAAGCAGGUCAAAUUACCUGGGUAAUCCCAAACAGUAUCUCCAGUCUUGACUGGUAGUGGUCCAGAUCUGUGUAGGCCCAUUAGAAACACACUCAAGUUUUUCUGGCAUGUGACCUUCAGGACUGUGUGAGUCAUUGUCACUCACAAUAAUGUUUGCCCCCUGUUCUGAAAAUAGGCCAGUGGUGAGCUGCCACUCUGCUGUGGCCAGCUUUGUUAGGGUGUUGUGGGUGUCAGAGGCAGACUGUGGCAUCCUCCAGGCUGCCUCUGCUGAGUGUCUAACCACAGGCAGGACCACACUCUGGUAGAUUGAGAGAUCUGUAUUGUGCAACCUGGCAGACUGUGAUUUCCCCCUUGUCCAAGAAACAAGGGGCUGAAGAGCUCAGCAUCUCCAAGAGGACCAUGGACAAAGCUAGUCUUCAAGCUUCAUCUACACAGGAAGGAGGUCUUCCUGGCUGGGCCUAGUGUAUACCUGUAAUACCUCUAGCAGAAGGUGACUGCAGGAGGAUCAGGAGUUCAAGGUCAUCCCCAGCUACAUCAGGGGUUCAAAACAAGCCUGGGGCCCAUGAGACCUGAUCUCAAGAAAAAAAGAAAAACAAAACAAAACAAAAAACAAACAACCAAUAACAUAUCCUGAGAAUACAUGGUGGCCUUAGAGCCAGUGCCCCAGCUUAAGAUUUGGCCUGAUGCAGAUGGGGACUCAUGACCUGCCUUGUCCCCCCACCCCUUACCUGAGAGGAAGCAGUUGGUGCUCUGUCCCUGAUACUGUAGCCCAGGGGCACUGUCAGGGACACGGGAGGCUCCAGAGGAAGCACACUGCUCUAGAAACACCUGCCAUUCCAGGUUGCUGGUGUGAAGGGCCCAAGCUUCUCUGCUGGGAACUAUAUGAAAAGCUGAGGUCUAAUUGUGGUGACAUUAGUAGUCCCAGGCCAUAGAUUCACACCCAACCUUGGCCUUCCUGGGUCAUAAUGACUAUUUGUUUUUUUGUUCUGGGCCAGCCCUGCUGGAGCAGCUUGAUUUCAGUUUUCAGACUGCAGUCUGACGGCCAGGAGACUUCCAAACCAGAGGAUCCUUGUGUAGAACACAGUAGGAAGGGACCCUAGGAGCCUCAGGGAAAUGAUAGGAGAACCCUCCUAGGCAGAGCCUCCUUGGUUCCAGGCUUCUGCCCACAUUUCCUUCACCUUCCAAGCCAGCCAGCUCUGAAGAUCCCUUGCUAAGGGUUGAGCUGCCUCUCCCAUCUGUCCUUUAGAUCCAUCCUCACAGCCAUGGCCUCGGGUUUGUUUAGCUUGAGAAGCUGCCAGUAGAUGCCCACGGAAUGGGCCUCAUUGACUGGACAGGCCUCUUAACAGGCUGGGCUCCUGCACUCUACUUCAUCAGGCCAGGAACAGGAGAAGUACUUAUUAGGUCAGGAAGUGAAUAGACCAGUCUUUUCCAGACUGCUCACAUGUGGUUAACACAACCCCACUAAAGCCAUCUUCCAUGACAGGCUCCUGCAGAGCCUUCAUUCUGUCCCACAAUCCCCCUGGAGUCUCUGGACCAGCAUGCCACCUGAACCUGGGGGGGGGAUGGAAUCCAGGGUGUGGUGGUGGCCAGUUUACCUUGCUGCAGGGUGACAGGGCAGCUUAUGCCAAUGUCUCUCUGGUCUGAGCUUUGAAGAGCAGAUGAGCACAGAGCUAGGAGCACACCACAAAUCGGGUUAUCUUCAUGGGACUCCUCAGGAAGUUGGUGCCUUGGGGGACCAGCUUCACUGUAGACUCCAGACUCUGACAGAAAUGGCAUAGGCCCAGCUGCAAGCCAUGCUCCCCUAAGCUACAACUUCAGAGACUUUGCACUUUAUCUAGAAAGGUCCCCUGUCCAUGGAUUGUCUUGGCUCUGAUGCUGAGCCAAAGUUGGCCCUCUCCUAUCCUUACUCCUAGAUGAUGAAUGUGUUCAUGGAAAGGAGGAAAGAGACCCUGCCUGGGGUCACCACCACCCUUGUAGGAGGCACCAGCUUAGAGUCUGUGGGGGAGAAUAACCCUGGUCAUUGGCCUGAGAUCACUUCAUCCAGAAUGGGGAUACCUUGGGAGGUAUGAGUUGAACCUUUGGCUGUCUCAGACAGCAGGCAUGUGUCCCCAUGGAGAAUGUAUAAGGACCUGGAUUAUCUGCCUAAGCCAGUUUCCAGUGCAGUCUCUGUGGGGGACUCCACCCAUAUGGUCUGUUCUCUCUCGGGGUUCCACAACCAUUUGUUACCAGAAGCCCCCAGUAAUGCUAUGUUUUACAUGUUAGUUACACAACUUUUUGCCCUGCCAGGUCAUGUUCUAAAAUUAAGGUUGAGAAAGUUAUGAGGUUGAAGAUCUCAGGCAGUGCUGUUUCCUGUGAAGAAAAAAAUGUGUAUCUAUCCAUAUAUAUAGUACCUUGGCUUGUCAGGAGGUGGAAACUGAAAUAAAUUAUCUUUUAAAUAGAA